CUUUAUUUAAAUACUUUCUUUUUAAAAAAGUCCUGUUGUAAAAUGACGCAACGAUCUUACGACCAAUUGAGCGAUAGCGUAAUUUAGCAACUGCGCAUUUGCCGAUGUUGUAUAUUACGUGUUUUAUUGAUGUGCUUCACAAUACAAGUGUUGGAAGUUGAAAUAGUUAAAAUAAAUUACAAUCAUAAGAAUACAAUAACAAUAACAAUAUAAUAGAUAAUAGAUCAUAAAACUUUGAAUUAUAUAAACAAAAAAUCAAUAUAAUAAACAUUAAAAUGAAAGCAGAAAUACCUUGCAAAGAUGGAAUGAUAGAAUCAAAAAGUAGUGUACCACCAACAUUGUUAUCGAGUAUAAGGAGUGUACUUUUUGUUAUCGGUACUGUUGUCAUUGGCUUUGCUGCAUUUUGUAAUUCAUUAACUUGGCACUUACAGAGAUUUUGGGGUGCAUCAGGCGACUUUUGGCAAGCACAAUGGGAUAAAAUCCUCGAUAAAUUUGGUGAUGAUCCUCAAACCCUAUGGGUUUACGGUUCCUUAUCAUUGACAUUUGUUGUCUACUGGCUAUUUGGAGGAAUUUAUACGAUUUUAGAUAUAUCGAACCGUCCUAGUGCAUUACGACGCUAUAAAGUUCAACCUGGAACCAACGAGCCUGUUGAUACGCGAGCAUUGCUCAAAGUAAUCGCCCAAGUGCUAUUCAAUCAAAUAGUCGUCGGUCUUCCAGUUGUAUACUUGAGUUACUAUCUAAUGCAAUGGCGAGGGUACCCACCAGUCCGUGAAUUGCCAACUUUUCAUUGGGUACUGGUUGAAAUAGCUAUUCAUAUUCUAUUUGAAGAGAUUGGUUUCUAUUAUUCACACAGAUUACUACAUGGCCGUUAUUUAUAUAAAUAUAUCCACAAGCAACAUCACCAAUGGACAGCGCCUAUCGCCGUAACUGCAAUUUAUUGCCAUCCACUAGAGCAUAUUGGAUCAAAUUUAGUUCCACCGUUUAUUGGAGUAUUUCUUGUUGGCUCUCAUGUUGCUACAGCUUGGCUCUGGUUUUCUCUCGCUAUCUUGUCAACUUUGAACGCACAUUCUGGUUAUCAUUUGCCGUUUUUCCCAUCACCGGAAGCACAUGAUUUUCAUCAUUUAAAAUUUAAUCAGUGUUAUGGAGUUUUAGGUGUACUAGAUCGUCUUCAUGGUACUGACACCCAAUUUCGCAAUUCACGAGCUUGUGCACGGCACGUUAUGAUGUUAAGUCUUGUACCUGCGAGAGAAGCAUUUCCGGAUGAUGAAAUUAAGUACAAUAAAUCCAAAUAAAUUUGUUUUAAAUCACGGUA